GUCACGUCUGGGCAUCGCGUCGCGGGGACUCCAGGGAGCGGGGCUGCGCCUGCGCGCUGGUGCCCGGCGGAGCCCGCCUUUCCUCAGGCGUUCGCCGGCUCCGCAGCGACUGGAGGCGACCGGGGCCCAGAGACGCGAGUCCGCUAGAUGCAGUGCAUAUUCAAAUUGUGUAUACGACAUGGAGAAUUUCCAGGGUUACUCAUCUGCUCUGGGAAAGAUGCAGUCUCCAAGGACUAAAAGAAGUGUAAAAGCUUCAGCCUCUGUACGGCAUUCAACAUGUCAACCAAAGACUAGUGCAGAAAUUAUUAGUGAGGCCCGAACUUCACUGAGAAUAUUAAAGACGCAGAGACCAUUCACCCCAAAAGAUGACCAAAGGAAACUGUUUGGCUUGACUUCCUCUCGUACUGAAGAGAUUAGGCCUCCAUCUUCUUUCAGCCUUCAUGCUCGCAGUUUUGAAGGAAGUGAAUCAAGACCCUUGUCAGUAGCACGGCUCAGCCCACUGGAUCACAAGCCAAAAAUUGCUACCUGUAAGGAUGAACAGCCUCCCAUUCCAAAACCGCCGCUGGACCCAAUCGAGAUUAAAAGAGUAAGCAGUGCUCGUGCCCGAUUGUUUAAAGUAACUUCCCAGGGAAAUCUUCUGCCUGACAAAACGAGUCAUCCUGAAGAAAUUAUAAAGAAGUUAAAUUCAGAUGGAUCCCUCAGCAAUAAAAACACUUCAUAUGAUGCUGAUAAAUCUGCCACAUCGCAAUUGAACACAAAUAUCUCAGCAAUUUGGAGCACGAAAUGUGAGGGAGAAGAGAUGAUGCCUGACAGGAUUACGGAGCAGACCAGCUCACUUUCAUCACCGAACAGUCUUGAGAGUGAAUUUGUUAAACAAGAUGUUGGACUUUCUAACAGUCCUGGAAGCACUGAAAAUAUCAAGGAACCAAACAGAUCAGAAUUGAAGAGUGGAUCAAGACCACAUGAAGAAGAAAGUGAAGAAGAGAUUCUGUACUGGAAUAUGAAGAUCCAGCCUAUUCUUGACGAACUUAAACCUCUAAGCAGUGGCAACAGUGUGGAACAUCUCUGUCAAACAUGUUACAGACUCCAUUAUACACUGCAAGAGGGAAACAUGCUGGGCAAAAUGUGUAAAAGGAGAGCUCUGCUUUUGAAAACAUUGUAUAAACUGGUGGAUCUUGGCUCAGACAAACUUUCCAUCGAGCUCGCAAAACUCAUAUUAGCGCUGAAAGUAAGUGGAAAAAAUCUUCUUAAUGUCUCUAAAUUGAUGUUCAAAGUUAGUAGAAGUGAGAACAAUGAUGCUCUCUUCCAAAAUGAUGAAAUCUUGGAUUAUCUUUUGGAGGUCUUCAGGUUUGCAGACCCACUCAGUAACAUCGAUGCUUUUUUGUACUUUAUGGGAACAAUCAAAUUCCUCACUGGGAAUGUGAUCUUACUCAAGGACCUACUCAACAAAGGUUUAGUUGAGUCUUUGGUACAGUUAAUGAAGGAGAUAAACGAUGCUAACAGAACAAGUGACACAUACUUUUGCAGCUCUGGGCACUUACUGGUCCAGGUCACCGCUACGCUGCGAAACCUGGCGGAGCUGCCUCAGUCCCGUUCUCGGUUCCUAGGCACUGGAGCUCUAUCAGAACUGUGUGUGAUAAUGGAGCAACACAUAAACGACAAAGACAUUUGUUUGAAUGUGGCCAGAAUAUUCAGCAAACUUUCAGCCUACAAUGAUUUCUGCCUUGUGUUGUCCGAAUGUUUCAGCUGCUACCAAUUAUUUUUGACCAUCCUCCACAGACACCAAAGGAAGCAGGAUUUAAUAGUCCGUGUUGUCUUCAUUUUGGGAAAUAUGACUGCAAAGAACAAUGAUGCGAGAGAGGAGUUGUAUAAACAGGAGAACAGUGUGGAGACGUUAUUGACAUUGUUCCAAAUAUAUCAUGAGCUAAAUAUCAAGAGAAAACUCACUCCACCACUGACUCAGAGCGAAAAAGGAAUGACUGAAUCCAAAAGCCAGAAACCGUCCGAGGUGGAAGAUGUCUUGAUAAAGUUGAUCAGAGUGAUUGCCAAUCUAUCUAUAAACAGCGAGGUCGGCUCUGCACUCUCUGGAAACUGGACCUGUGUGGAACUGCUCAUUAAAGUAUUAGAAUCAAACAAGGUUGAAGAAUGUGAAGAGCUGAUGAUGAAUGCAGCCGCAACAAUUAAUAACCUGUCUUACUAUCAAGUCAAGAAAUCUGCUAUCAGGACCAGGCAGCUGCAUAUCGCCGAAUUAAUGAUGAAACUUCUGCUGUGUAACAGCAUGGAUGCAAUUCUGGAAGGAGCCCGGGUCUUUGGUAAUCUCUCUCGAUCCAAGGAGAUCCGUGACUUCAUUGUACAGAAAAAUGUGGACAAAUUCAUGAUCACACUACUGGAUGCCAAGCAUCAAGAUGUCUGUUUCGCUGCCUGUGGAGUGCUUAUAAACCUUACCGUCGACAAAAGCAAGCGCCCCAUUUUGAAACAGGAUGGAGGGAUCAAAAAGUUAAUUGACUGCUUGAGAGACUUUGGACUCACUGACUGGCAACUGGCCAGUCUGGUCUGCAAAACACUUUGGAACUACAGUGAGAAAAUAACGAUCGCUGCAUUGUGCUUUGGCGAAGAGGAGACUGGGGAACUAUUGGAACUCCUUUCUGCAUAUUUAGACGAAGGAAUAGCCUUGGACUUGGAGACGAAUGGUUCGGACGAGCAACUCGUGGAGCAGCACAAAGUUUGCUGGGAGUCGGAGUUUGUCCCUGUGGCACGACAACUAUUGCAGAGGAUCCAGCGGCAUCACAGUCACCUCGAACCCCUGCCCUUCUCCCCAGCACAGAACUGACCCUCCUCUCAUCACUUCUUCCAAAACGUAUGUUGUGGUGUGGCGUGGUUAAAAAAAAAACAUGAUUCUGUAUUUCCUUGACAGAUGUGACCUUCAGUUGCGAACAUUGAAGUUAUCACCCAACACCUCCGUUCCAGAUCCAGAUAGAAAUGCUUUGAGUUUUGCACUUUGCUUGAUAGUUUAAUCUACCCCAUGGACAACAAAAUCACAGAGCCUUGAAAAUAUGUUAUUCCAAAUUUCCGAAAUUAACACUGUUAAAUUGAGUGAUGUAAUUCUUCCACUGGUUGCUGGGGGCUGGUAUCUGAUCUUUGUAUGUGGCUUCCGUUAUAUUAAUGUACAGUGUAAGAUACAGAACCUGUCUGAACUAUAAUGAUAACCGAGGUUGAAAAACAAAAUAUAUUUUUGUACAUUAUGAGUAAUUUCAGCUCAAACGAGGCAAUCUAAUUUAAUGUGGAUAUCAAUUUUUCGUUUGACAACAGAAUAAAAAUUCUACAUUUAUGUCUUCAUUAUAAACGAUUCCCAGAGCAGUAGAUAUAAGAUGUGAUGGAGCAGAAAAAUAUAGAAUCAAAAAAUGUUGCACCGCACGACACUACAAUCUACAAUAAAUUCACUUAAUUAAAUCAGGGCAGCACAGUGGCGUAACAGUAGAGUCACAGCGCCAGAGAUCCUGACUGUACAGAGUUUGUACG